AUGGAUGAGACGACAUCUGCAUCAACCUCAGCGAAGGACGAUGAACCUAUCGAUUCAUCGGACCAAUGGCGUCGUUAUAUGAGCAUGAAGAAAUCCAAACUUCUCUACCAAAUAAAUGCUCGUGAAUCAAAACCAAAAAUUUCGGGAAUAUUUGAUGGUGUUUCUAUCUACAUAAAUGGUUAUACGGACCCACCAGCGUCUGAGCUACGUCGUUUGAUUCAACAACACGGUGGUGAAUUCCAUAUCUAUUAUGAAUACGGUACGACAACGUAUACUGUUGCAACGCAUAUAGCCACUGGAAAGGUGAAUAAAUUGCGUAGGAAUGAGAAAGUGAUUCAUCCAAAAUGGAUUCUUGAUAGUAUCGGAGCAGGUGAGCGAUUACCGGAGUCAAAUUAUCUGGUUUAUAAAAAUUCCGACCAGCAUUCGGCCGUGGGCAUCUCGAAAUUCGUUAAACGUGGUGAGAACACUCUGAAUGCGGCCACUGACCCAAAUUUCAUCACCAAUUUCUAUGAAAGAUCACGUCUUCAUUUGAUCUCUACAUUGGCUCAGGAGAUGAAACAGUACGUUAGUGAAUUGAGAAGUGCAUCGCGGACGCCUGAAUGUCCGACUGAGACAAUAUGUCACAUUGAUUUGGAUUGUUAUUUUGUGUCGAUUGCUUUACGAACCCGACCCGAGCUCAGAGGGAAGCCAGUUGCAGUGACGCAUUCGAGGGGAUCAGAAGAAGGUGCUGGAAUGUCGGAAGUGGCAUCGUGUAGUUAUGAGGCUCGUGCAUGUGGCGUUCGUAAUGGCUGUUACGUGAAACAAGCGAAGAGUUUAUGCCCUGAUUUGAUUUGUGUUCCAUAUCAAUUCGACGAGUAUCGCAAAACUUCGAAACUCAUCUAUGAUAUCUUGACGAGAUUUAUAAUCUUUGUCGAGGCGUCGAUAAAGAUCGUGAAUUUCUUGAAAGGACCAUCCGUAAGUCGAUCUCUUGCGAUAUCAAUUAUGGGAUACGUUUUAGUAAGGUUCGUUGAUGUCUGA